UUAUAAAUCAUUUAUAAAAUUAUAAAUACAUUUAUAAAAAUCAGACGUUUUAAAUUAUUAUAAGAGGUUCUAAGUCAUUUAUAGAAGCUUAUACAUUAAUUUAUAAAAUGUAUUUUGAAAAUUUAUCCUCAACUAUGUUUACUUAGUGUAGAAACCCCUAAACUAAAGAUUUACUGGUAGUAAUAGUAAUUAUGAUAUGUUAGAAUUUAAUUCAUUAAUAAAGUUAGCUUAAGGGAUUUUUCGUUAAAUACUUAGUUUAGGGGUUUUUACCCACAAAAAAACUUAGUUUAGGGGUUUUAACGUUAAAAUUCUUUAUUCUUUUCUUAUUAUCUAUUAUUUAAAUCCUUAUAGUGGGAUUUGUUUUAUCAAAAACGAGUUGCAAUCAACUGACGAGAUAUUUUCUUUCCUAAUAUCAUGCAUUUAAUAUUUAAAUAUAUAUAUAUAUAUAUAACAAGAUUUGAGUUACCAAAAUUAUGUAUAUAUUAUAACCAGAAUAUCUUUAAAAUUUUAUUAGAAGAUAUUCUAUCUCAUAGCUGAAUUAUAAUUUAUUAGAGGAUAUUCUAUCUCAUAGCUUCUCUUGAAAACUAGGUCAUUUAGAAACUUAAACUAAUUUGUUAUAUAAAUAUCACGCCACCCCCAUUAGUUUCAUGUAUCUAUCUUUUAAGUUUUCAUAUGUUUUUGAUCGUUCUAAUUUAAAUUCUACUUUUGUGAUCUUGCGCAGGUGUAUGAUAAUCAAUAAGUAACUCAUAGACGGAAACACCAUUACUGGUAAUUUUAUGGAGGAUUCUUCUUCUCCGUUUAUUUUUAUUCUCUUCCUCUCCAUAUUGUAUCUCUAUCUAUAUUUUUGCAUCAGUAGUGAUUCAACUAACAAAAAGAGACGACUUUGUUUAUCGAGGAACUCAUCAUCCCUUUCGAAAAAGGUAAUUCUUUUUUUUAUAAAGUUAAAUCACUUAUCAAGAAUAUAAUAUAAGAUGUGUAUGCUAAUCAAGUGCAAUUUAUUUAUUGUGCAUGAUCCUCUUCGGUACGUUUGAGAGCCAAAGGUAAUCUCAAAGCUUUUUAAAAACUUUGAAAUCCAUUGACGUUGUCCUAUCAAUUAUAUAAUUUGUUAUCUUUUGGAGAUUGUUUACAUCUUUAAAUAUUUUUUGUUAGAAUUACCUCUUUUCUGACUCAAGGCUUAGAGAAGGAAACCGUGAAUCAUCUAUGUUGUUACAAUGAAACCAAUGAUAAUAAAUUUCAGGUAAUUCAAAUCUCUCUUUUAUACUUCAUGGCUGAAUUUUUUAUUGGGAUUAUGCGUGAAAUAUUUGUUUUUUCUCAAUUAUAUUUUUCUGAUGUUUUAAGAUUAGUGUUAAAUGUGAUCGUUUUCUAAACGUUCUAAUGUAUUUUUUGUUCAUAUGAACAUAGUAUAAAUAUCAAUAUGUAACAUCGAAUCUUUCAUAUUAACCAUAUACAUGUAACAUAAGUAUUAUAUAGUUGUAAAUAUGUAAUUAUCAAUUUAAUAUUAAUGUUAAUGUUCACACAUGCGUGUGGACGGUCCACCUAAUAAUUUAUUAAACAUACAUAAGAUUCUUUUACAUUUAUUUUAAAGAUAUGUAAAUAUAAAUAAAUACUUCAAUAAUAUAAUAAUAAAACAAAAAAGAAUAUUUAUUUUCAAAAAAGAAAAUUAAUUUGAAACUUUUAUUUUUUUGAUAUUUUUUUAAAUUUCUUUCAAAACCUGUAUGACGAAAGGUUUUGAGAUAUUCUAUUUAGAAAUUAGAACAUUGAAACAGAGGCGCUUUUAGAGAAAUAUUUUUUUAGUUCUGUUCACGAGAAUGGAGCUAGUUUAUAAAAUAAAAAUUGGCUAUACAUAAUAAGGCCACCACCAUUCACAAAGUAAGCCAAAAGCACUGAUUGUUCGGUGAUUCACAGUGGUCACGAGAAUGGAGCUUGUUUAUAAACAUUGGAUAUAUAUAAGGCCACUACCACUCACAGAGUAAGCCAAAGCACUGAUUGUUCGGUGGAUCAUAAAUUCAUAAUUAAUGGUUCUAAUUAUAAACCGCAAUUUUGCGUUUGUGUAGUCUUUUAAAGUUUGUAAAAAAAUAAAGUAAACGUAGAUGUUUAAGACCUUAAAUGUUGUCGGCUUAUCUAAAGAAUCUACAUUUUAAGUAAGAAUUAAAACAUUUCACUACUCGAAUACAAUACAAUUAAUGUUCUUUGAAUUUUUUAGUACUGCGUAUAUUCUCUUAUCCAAAGCACGCAUGGCAUCGAAUCCGACCUGUCUUAGUUAUGUAUUAAUGUUUCAAAAUAUCCUGCAAUUUUUUUUUGUAUAUUUUUCUAUAACUAUAUACUUUGCAAGUUGAAAAUCAUUACCAACCCACUGAUAUGGCUGACUUAACUUUAAAUUUCUAAUUUUGGUGACGUGGUCCACACAUGCACUUCACUAGGGAAACAACAAAUAAUGCAUUAAAUAAGUAAUCACUCGAAAUUCCUUGCGUGUAACCAAUAGAUAUAUGAUAUUUGAUAGAACAAAAUAAAUUCAUGCAUGGAUCUUGCAGGAUCAUUCGGUGCCUCAUACUUGCAUCUCACUGUACAGUUCAUAUAUAUAUAGAGAUGAUCAUUCGAAACAUAGAACCCACCAAACACAUCUCUUUUCACUAUCAAAACGCUAUGGAUGCUUUCUUAUUCUCCUUAUUAUCUCCACUCCUCGUUUUCGUUUUGAUUGCUCUUUUCAAGAAAACAAAGAAACCAAAACAUGCAAAAGCUCCCGAACCAAGCGGUGCGUGGCCCAUCAUCGGCCAUCUUCACCUUCUCGGUGGCAAGGAACAACUUCUCUACCGAACAUUAGGAGAAAUGGCUAACCGUUACGGUCCUGCCAUGUCGUUACGACUUGGGAGCAAUGAAGCAUUUGUUGUGAGCAGUUUUGAGGUGGCUAAAGAGUGUUUCACUGUGAACGACAAAGCCUUGGCUUCACGACCUAUGACUGCCGCCGCAAAGCAUAUGGGCUACAACUAUGCUGUCUUCGGGUUUGCACCUUACAGCUCUUUCUGGCGCGAGAUGCGUAAGAUCGCAACCGUCGAGCUAUUGUCUAACCGGCGGCUUCAGAUGCUCAAGCACGUCCGUGUCUCAGAGAUCUCAAUGGGUGUGAAAGAUUUGUAUUCCUUGUGGGUCAAGAAAGGUGGUUCAGAACCAAUAAUAGUUGAUCUAAAGAGGUGGUUAGAGGACAUGACACUGAACAUGAUCGUAAGAAUGGUGGCUGGAAAACGAUACUUUGGCGGUGGCUCAACAACCCCUGAAGACACCGAAGAGGCGAGGCAAUGCCAAAAGGCCAUCACAAAGUUCUUUCACCUCAUCGGUAUAUUCACAAUGUCCGAUGCUUUUCCGACUCUAGGGUGGUUUGAUCUGCAAGGACAUGAGAAGGAGAUGAAGAAAACGGGUAGCGAACUAGAUGUGAUUCUCGAAAGAUGGAUCGAAAACCAUCGGCAACAACGAAAAGUUUCAGGAAAUAAAGAGAACGAUUCAGACUUCAUUGAUGUUAUGUUGUCACUUGCGGAACAAGGCAAACUCUCCCAUCUGCAAUAUGAUGCAAAUACUAGCAUCAAAUCUACCUGUCUGGCACUGAUUCUUGGAGGAAGUGACACUACAGCUUCAACUCUCACAUGGGCCAUUGCUCUUCUUCUAAACAACAAAGACAUGUUAAAGAAAGCGCAAGAUGAGAUAGACCUCCAAGUUGGCACAGACAGAAACGUCGAGGAUUCAGACAUAGAAAAUCUGGUGUAUCUUCAAGCGAUCAUCAAAGAAACAUUGAGACUAUAUCCAGCUGGUCCUCUCUUAGGCCCUCGAGAGGCGAUGGAAGAUUGCACAGUCGCAGGUUACCACGUUGCUUGCGGCACAAGACUGAUAGUGAACGUAUGGAAAAUCCAAAGAGAUCCGAAAGUUUGGGUAGAACCAAACGAGUUCAGACCAGAGAGGUUUCUUACAGGAGAAGCAAAAGAGUUUGAUGUUAGAGGACAGAACUUUGAGCUGAUCCCGUUUGGUUCGGGAAGAAGAUCAUGCCCAGGGUCUUCAUUGGCUAUGCAAGUGCUUCAUCUAGGUCUUGCUCGUUUUCUUCAUUCGUUUGACGUGAAAACUGAUUUGGAUGUGGCUGUUGAUAUGAGUGAGAGCCCUGGUUUGACCAUUCCUAAAGCAACGCCUCUUGAGGUUAUGAUCAGUCCACGUCUCGAGAAACAUCUACAUCUUUUUGCGUGAUAUUAGUAUAUAUGUGGGUGUGUGUGUGUGUGUAUUUCUGUUUGCUAAACUUAGGGCUUCAAUGCUAUUAUUGAAGGUCUUUUGAUGUUUCCGUUCUAAUAAAAGCCUACGUAUGUAUACGUUACCCUUUGUUCGUUUCAUUGAAAGUAAAUGUAUUUCUUUUUGGAUA